AUGCACGUUUCGAUGGUGACGGAACGGGUCGCCCCGGCACGUGGCAGACGAGUCAAUAUGGCGGCCAUAUUAAAACAUAUCAGCAGCAGCAACACCUUGACGCAGAUACUCGUCCCUAUCGCACUGCUGCUGCUGACAGUGAUGCCGUUUCCGGCGGUGUACGGCAUCGAUUGCUUUAAGUGCGUUUCAAUGAACGGUGCCAAUAAGGCGUGCGAUGAUCCUUUCCACAACAACUACUCGGCGGCCAUCCUGGAGUCACCGUGCAUGGGCGGCCGGAAGGGCCGGGAUGGACUGUUUCCGGCCACAUCGUGCAUUAAAAUUGCCGGCUAUUAUGAUGACACCGGUGAAACGAUUACCGUUCGGGGAUGCGCCCUGGACAGUGGUACGCUGACGACCGAUACCGAAAUCAUUCGCAUGUCACACUGUGGACGAUUCUACUACGAUGAUCGAUACGUGCACGGGUGUCUGCAGAGUUGCAACGACGCGGACGCCUGCAAUGCUGCACCGAGAGGUUCAUCAACCCAGUGGUUUAUCCUGCUGGCCGUUAUCGGAUCACUGCUUGGGUCAGCAACACUUCAACCGUCCGGGUGGCUGCGAAUCGUUAACGGAAGCUAA